UCUGUGAUUCUAAGUACCCCCGAAAAUGACCUGAGUGGUCCGGAGGAAGACCCGAGCACUCCAGAGGAGACCUCCACCACUCCUGAAGAAGCCUCGAGCACUGCUCAAGUACAAAAACCUUCCUUAGUCCGGAGCAAUUUUCAAGGCACCAAGAAAAGUCUCCUGAUGUCCGUAUUGGCCCUCAUCUUCAUCAUGGGCAACAGCGCAAAAGAAUCUCUGGUCUGGAAAGUGCUAGGGAAGUUAGGGAUUCAACCUGGGCGGCAGCACAGCAUCUUUGGAGAUCCAAGGAAGGUCAUCACAGAAGAGUUUGUGCGCAGAGGGUACCUGAUUUAUAAGCCGGUGGCCCGCAGCUGUCCCGUGGAAUGUGAGUUCUUCUGGGGCCCUCGAGCACACGUGGAAUCGAGCAAGCUGAAAGUCAUGCAUUUUGUGGCAAGGGUUCGUAACCGAUGCUCCAAGGACUGGCCAUGUAAUUACGAUUGGGAUUCUGACGAUGAUGCAGAAGUUGAGGCUAUUCUCAAUUCAGGUGCCAGAGGUUACUCUACCCCCUAGAAAAAUGUG